CAUUUUAUACCUUAUUAUCUGCUGCUGAGCAGCAGGGCCCAGGUCAGUGUCAGCACUGCGGCGACGGAGAGUGAAGCAAGACGGGGAGCGGCCGGGAGCAGUGCAUGGUGUGGUGGUGGUGGUAAAAGGACGGGGAUUGGACAGCGACGCUGAUCAUUUAUGCCGCCGUGUAAAUACCCACCACAAGCAGCUAGCUUCGCAGGUCGGCUUCCACAUCUCUCUCAUUCUCGUCUCCCCCCACUGCUAGCUGCUGCAGCUCUCAAGCUAGCUGGCAGCUAGGGUUUACACCGAUCCGGGGUCCGGUCGCCGCCGGCCGGCGGAAGCGGGCAAUCGAGCUCCGCGACGUCGAGAUCUGCUUAAUUGCUAGGUGGUCGCCGCGCCGGCAGCCCCGGCACAGAGAAAGUCAAUUGCUCUUUGCAGGGGUUGCUGCUCGUUUUAAAAGAGAUCCUUUGCAGUGGAUGAUACACCGACACGCAGCUAGCCAGCAGGGACACCGCGAGAUGGCGGGCGCCGUCGGGCUAACAAGACGAUGAUAAGGGGCGGCAACCACCAGCAGGCGGCGGACGUCGAGGAGGAGCUAGCCCGGAACAGCAGGCACGCCGCCGCCGUGGCGACGUCGCGGCAAUGGUCGGCGCAGACGGAGUCGCGCAUCGUGCGCGUCUCCCGCGUCUUCGGCGGCAAGGACCGCCACAGCAAGGUGAAGACCGUCAAGGGCCUGCGCGACCGGCGGGUGCGCCUCUCCGUGCCGACGGCGAUCCAGCUCUACGACCUGCAGGACCGCCUCGGCCUCAACCAGCCUAGCAAGGUCGUCGACUGGCUGCUCAACGCCGCGCGCCACGAGAUCGACAAGCUGCCGCCGCUGCAGUUCCCGCCGCAGGACCUCAUGGUUGGGCACCUGACGCCCCACAACAUGCCGCUGAUGGUGCACGACGAGAAGUUCGGACACCUCGCCGCGGCCGCGGCGCUCGCGAGCGGCGGCGGCGGCGGCGCCAAGGUCAGCCAGCAGGGCAACGUCGUCGACGUCGACGGGACCGGAGCCCACCACUUGGUGGGGAGGUUCCCCGGCGGCUACCACCGGUUCAUGGAGCUGAACAGCGCGUUGGGCAUGGUCAGUGGCGCAAUGGCGCCGCCGUAUAACAACAACUACACCGGAGAGGCAUGGAAUAACAGCGGCGGCGGCGUGCAUGACAGCGGCUCGCCGCAGAUCGUCGCCGCAGCCGCUCACCACUCGCCGUUCCCAUCGUUGCUCUCCUUGGCUCCACGUCCGCAUCAGCUGGCGUUCUACUCCUCGGAAGCUGAUCAGCAGUUUCAGGUGGAGAACCUUGGCUCGCAAAGCCUGUCCUUGAGCUCGGCGAGGGCUUACCAUGAUCAGGCUAGCUAGCGGACUGCGUACUGGAACGACUCUUCGAUCGAGAUUAAGGUAGCAAUAAUGCUCACUGAUCCCAAAAUUCCCAAGUACAAUAUACUAUCUAGCUGUGCAAGAGUGUGCAUGUCAGAGUUUCCAAGUGCCUUUUAAGGAUCGGAUCGGAGGCAGUUAAGCUUGUGAUGAUUUCAUAAUUAGUAGUAGACCUGAAACAGAAUAAAAUGUGCGGGGCUUGAUCUUGAAGCGUACGUGUGUGUGCCAUACGAAUUUGUUACUUCUUUCAAUACACAAAGGAGUAAUAUUAAUCUGUAUGCUGGCUUGUAGAAUAACAAUAUAUGGUUUGCUAAUAUUACGGUUUUAGUUAUAACAUUUUA